AUGGGAGAGAGAUUCUUGGAUUCAAAUGCCCCCUUAAAGUUAACCAGUGGAAUCAUCAAUCUCAAAAUUGAUGAUGAAGAAGACAACCUUCUCCAAGGCUUAAACAGCUACCGACAAGCACAGAACCUCCCGCCGCUCACAAAGAAUGCAAAAGCCGACUGCAUUGCAAACGAGAUCGCCGACGAUGCAGAAGAUCAGCCCUGUACUGUCACCACCGCCAAAUCAAACGUCGUUGCAAGCCGACCGUCACAGAUCACGAAGUAUUUGAACGAUUCGAGGUUCGUCGGGGCCGGACUGGGCAAGGAGGAUGACUGGAUGGUGGUGGUUCUGACCACCGGAGCGAAUACCGGGAGCUUUGAAGGAUCGGGGGCGGGGUUGGUGGUGGUUUCGAUUUGGGGAUGGGUUGUGUUGGUUGUGUUAGGGUUUCUGAUUGGGGAUUUUGUGAGAUUGUAA